AUGUCGACCGCAACUCAACAGCAGGAAGUUCGCCGGCGAUUUCCAAGACAAUAUCCAGGCUUUAUAUCUGAUAUACAACCCGUUCCCGUCAGCAGCAGGUAUACACCCCCAUUAAAGAACAUCGAGCUUCUUGAAGUGGCACACAUAUUCAGCCGCCUCGAAUGCAAAAUUCUUGAAUGUUCUGCGCAGGUUCUGCAAAACCAAACUCGAGAUGAGGAUCAGAGGGAGCCCGAUGAGCAACAACAUUUGAUUCGCAUCGAGAAGGCUAGGAGCGACCUGCUUGACGUCCAUGGCGGGAAAUAUCAUUUUUCAGAAGGCUACCUCAAAGAUCGGGAGCUUUUGAGGGAAUGGGAUUUAGCCGCUUCUGUGCACCGCGAAUUAUUCCGACAAGAUCCCGCAAGCAAGAAUGAGAAAAAUAUUCAAAUUGCAACUGAUUAUGCAAAAAUUCUUCAGAAAUUCGCAUCUCCUCUACCGGCGGCAUUGAAGCUGGCCGCCGAAAAGGGCAGUCUUGAUGUGUUGACGAGGAACGCGAUAGGAGAUAAGUACUUGUUUCUGGAUGCCAUAUUUAAUUUCCUCCAUGAACAACUGUCAACAAAUCGUCAGUUUCCAACAUGGGAAAAUAUGUCUGAGAACCUUGGGGAAUUAUCUUCCAAAGCCUCAGCAUCUAAGGCCAGAGCGACAGACCAGAACAUAGUAAUGAAUCCCUAUGUACCUCAUCUAUGA